UGUACGAUAGUUAUAAUGUCCUAUAGGUUUGCCCUCGUUCACGCGUCAUGUUAUAUAUUUCACAAAGACGUGUGCGAGUGAGCAACCCUCGUUAAACGAGCUCUAUAUUAUUCCGAUGUGGCUGCGAUGACGAUUGGUCGGAUUUGCGCGAAAGCGUCGCGCGAUUUGCGACUUCAGGGGGGCGAGAAAGGAGCUUUACUUCGAGCAGCGGAUCUCUGUUAUGUUACAAAGCAGAAAAGCCUGCGCGAACAACAGUCGUCUGCAGCAGUAGCGACAUCCCAGCAGACUCCCAAUUUCAACAAUCGUCGCCUGUCUUCUGCUGCUUUUUCAAGACUUGUUUUGACUGUGAUAUUUCAUAUAGCUUUUGUAAUUGUAAAUAAUAAAAUGGAGCAAAAAGUUUUGGAUGAAAUUGGGUGGAAUACACCCGGAAUGACACCGGAAUCGAAGCGCUUUAGUAUGAUACUUGCCGGGAUUUUUGGGGGAGUUGGAAUUGCAAUUACUGCAAUAAGUUUGCCAUUUUGCAGUCCAGCAUUCAGACGUAUUUGUUUACCAUUCUGUCCAGCAUCAAAUGAACAAGUACAAAAUGUCAUGAAAGCAUUGAAAGGAAAGCAAGGAACUCUUCUAGACAUAGGAAGUGGAGAUGGACGAAUAGUUAUUGCUGCAGCUAAAGCAGGUUUCAUAGCUGAUGGUGUAGAACUCAAUCAAUGGUUAAUCCGCUACUCAAAACUUUCUGCCUUAUUUAAUGGUGUAUCGUCCAAAACAAACUUCUUUAGAAAAGAUUUAUUUCAAUUUAAUAUGCAAAAAUAUAACAAUGUUGUUAUUUUUGGGGUGGAUGAAAUGAUGCAUGAAAUUGAGGCUAAAUUUAAAAAAGAAUUGAAACCAAAUAGUUCAAUAGUAGCUUGUCGUUUUCCGUUACCUAAUUGUAAGCCAAUCAAGACAAUUGGAACAGAUGUUGAUACAGUUUGGCUAUAUGAAACACCAUUGCAGAAGCAGUAAAAAAACAUCCAAAUGGUAUCAAUUGAGUCAAAUUGUUAUAUUAUUGUAAAUAUAUAAUAUAAAAUUGUAGAUAAUUUUACAAAAAAUAAGAGUUAUUCAUUUUUUUAUCACAUUAUUUAAAACAGUAUAUGUGGUAAAAUUAUAAUACUAUCGUAACAGAGAGAAAUGCGUUCAAUAUUUACAACAUCUCUAUAAGAGAUCAUUAAUUACUAUGUACAAAGAGAAUUAUAAGAUAAAAAAACAAAUUACAAACUUAA